AUGCCCGUCCUUGAUGUGUCCGCUCCAGUGCGAGCACUCGCUAAGCGUUUAGCUUCUAAUGAUGGCGUAGUACGUCUUAGGGCUGAAGAUGUCGUCAAUAGAAUUUGCGGUAUUUUUCCGAGGAUAAAUAAUCAAGCUAUCCGUGAAGCCUUUCUGGCGUGCAUGCUUGAGACACUUUCUCGUGAAUGGGAAAGGAUAGACAACUGGCGUAUUGAUAACUGCCCGAGCAAGAAGGUAGAUGCUCUGAAUCACCUCCACGAUGCACUGUUCUGCAAAGUUCUCAAUGAGAACAUUCGCGAAGCGGCUGGCUUAAAAAUUCACAUGAUCACAGUGCUUAGUGAAGAAUUUCCUAAGCUUAGACUGCCAACAGAAUGUCUGCUACAUUUAUUCGAAAAGUCUAUUCACCUUUUCAUUCAGUUGCCUAGGUAUGUUUGUUAUGCUUAA